AUGACGGCAAGGCAUUUACGACAGCACAGUACAAUCGUCCCUUACAAACUUGCGGACACUGCGGAGGACACUAUCAAGACCAAAAGACUUGCGGACACUGAGGAGGACACUAUCAAGACCAAAAGACCCAGAGCUGCUGAUUCCGCACCAAAUACUCGGAGCCAGUUGCGACAGUCUCUCCCGCGUGCCUUGUUCGCCGAUCCAGCUAUUGUUGCUGCCGCUGCCGCAACUGUUGAGACCGUUGCUAAAUCAGCUGCUUCCAAGGACAUCCAGCGAUGCCAACCUGUUACAUCCACCCCCAACGUUGGUUCAGGCUCACCUUGUGAAGACAAAAUCCCACCCGCUUCCCAGUCCUCCGGAGGCCCCAAACUCGUCCUUAUCUCCUGUGCACGGUCUCGUCGGAAGUGUCGGACACCGACGAAACGAACUCCAAUAAAUCGCUCAUCUCGGCGCAAUAAACACAGUCAAACACCUCCUACCGACAAAAUUCCCCCGACAUCGGUGGGCAAGAAACGCACACCUCGAACCCAACAGUCAAAACAGUCUAAUUCCAAUACUUCCAGGAGCUCCACCGGGCGGCACUCAAAAUCCUCAUCCAAACGUCGACAAUCUGAUCGUGACGUCUGCACACAACCAGAAGAAUUCAAAAGCGUGAAAACCCCGGAACGACGAUAUCGACGUUCUGUUCACGAGACCCCCAACCCAGAGCGCUCUUAUCCGCGUUGGGAACGGGCCAGAUUGGCGGCCGCUGAAAAAACGAAAGAUAGGGCUAUUGUGGUUGAAGAAUCGCCCAUUAAGCCUGCUGGACCUCUUGGGAGCCCCCUCCGACGUUUGCGACGAGCAAACUCAAUGUUGGCGAGUCUGUGCUACGUAGAACCCAAAGAGCCUGACCUGAUUCCCGCCACCUGUUUUACCAAUAUUAAUCGACUUUCACAGGACUCGGGUGGACCCCAUCCUGUCUCCUUAACCGGAGCCGGCUGUCUCUCAGUUGGCAUGUCUCGUGCUGAACGCUGGCGUCGUCGACAGUUUGAAGAAGAAUCCAGUUUGAGUCAGUUUGCUGAACCUUCUGCGCAGUUCGACUUGAAGAGUCCGUCGCUGAGGCAGCAACUAAUGCCAGAAUCAGACGUUACGAAAUUAACGCCCAAUAGUGGCCUUUUGUGCAACCCUGGUGCCCUUCGUCGUCGCAGUUCUAAUCUGUUUGCUAACAUGACCUCACCGGAACAGCAGAACGGUCGAAGAAAAACACCUAGGAAAAACAUAUUUUGCAAGAGCCCUCCUCUCAAAUCACCGAAACGAAGUCUACCAGCACCCAGUGUCAGUCCACCACUUCAAACUUUUCCAAAUGGGAAUCAAAUCCACUCACCCCUUCUGUAUCUUGUGCCGAAGAGCCCUGUGACCACUCCAACAGCACAGCGUCGUCUUCCCAACACUAGGACUCGUGCUCAACAUUUGUCUGACAAUGCUGCUACUGUGCCAGCUCGCAUUGUCCCCAUAUCUCCUCAAGUGUUCGAUGAAGAGGCCAUGUUUCUUGGUCGGGAGGAAUUUCUCAGUGAAACUAACACUACGCCCAGCGUGAGCAUAUGCAGUCCUUUGCGCACUUUCAGUAACGAAUCAGAUGGUGCGUGGGAAUCAGAUGUGGCUUCUUCAGCCCGAAAGCGAAAGCGCUAUUCCCCUCUCCCUCCUUCAAUGAAUCCUCCCAUUAUGCGGCUUAGUUCACUGCCCAAGAUAAUGGAAUCCGUGGAACCCGUUGGAACUGGAAGAAACUCCGGUCCGAUCUCCACUUUUCUGCGAGCAGACUCUUUGAAACGAUCAAUGCGGAGACGCCCGCAAACCUCAGCUACCGCGACUACUCCAAAGAAGUCAAGCGAAUCAGAUACUGGUCAAUUUCUCCCGCUUCUUGCUAAACCGAUUCGUUCUCCCUUCGCUCCACUUCACGUAUUUACUCGGCCUGUGGUGUGUACCGAUGUGGAGCAGACCGGCAUUCCCGGUGAACUACUAGAGUGCACCACCACUGUGAGCAGUCAGAGUGCCUCUACUGUUUUUGCCUUACGCACGCGGCUAUUUGGCAACAGCAAUUCGAAUGAACCUGAUUCCAACGAACUAGAAAACCGCCAUGUCCUGUCCACGAUUUCCUCUGAACCCGCCCACCCGAUCCAGUGCAGUGUUGAACCAUCUCCGGAACACUCGAGGCACCUUUGGGAUGAAAAUUCAUUAGAUAUUAAGUUUUCUCCCGGUUUACGCAACCUGAAACAAACUGAGCAAGAGAAUGUGGUAUUGAACUUGCCUGCAAUAAGUAACAAAUCACAACCGUCUGCCAGCACAUCGGUGUCUCGCCACAGAAGAUCUUUAUUCUCCUGACAUGGGGCCCACGCUUCUACUUCCCAUGUGGACAGGUUCUGUGAUGAUUCCAGAGUUUGCUAUUUUUGUUUUGUCCCUUGUCCUUUCACGUUCUUCGACAAACGUUUUGCCGUUUUUCCUAGAGUUAUGUAUGUUAUCUGUUCAUGGUCACUAAUUUAUUUGUUUAUUUAGGUUCAGAAAUCCUAAUGUUCCGGUUUCACCUUGAUUCACAUUCCCUAGGACAAUCAAUAAUGCAUUUGUUUACCCUUGGAUAAAAAAUAAAUCAUUCUAAG